GUCUUCUGCCUGCAUGUAUGCCUGCAGGCCAGAAGAGGGCGCCAGAUCUCAUUGUAGAUGGUUGUGAGCCACCGUGUGGUUGCUGGGAAUUGAACUCAGGACCUCUGGAAGAACAGCCAGUGCUCCUAACCUUUCUGCAGCCCCAGGGUGGAAUUUCUUGCUCUUUAACAGUGGUUUUCUUCAGAUAGUUCUGUGUAAUUUCUUUAUAGUUAAGCCUUGGCUUUCCAGAACAGACGUUUGCUUGAGGGGGAGAAUCUGGAGCUUCAGUGUGAAACACAUGUGGUACUGGGAGCUGGUGUCCCAAGGGCUGCAUAGACGUUCAGGGCCUGCUCUUUUCCUUACAGAGUGGUAGGGGUACAGGGUGGCCUGGGGCCAGCAAGGUAGCUCAGCGGGUAAGUCAUUUGCCAAGAACAAUGACCUGAGUUUAGUCCAUGCUGGAAGAGAAAACUGACUCCCAGAAGUUGAGAAGGGACAUGAUCUUUCAGAAGAAGCCGUCUGUUCUUCAGUUUGUUUUAGGCCUGAGCCUUCCCUGGAUCUUGGUUAUUGGGUUAUUGUUGGAAGUUUUUGCUCUUUUUUGGGGGGCCCGCCACCCAGCUCCCAAAUAAAUCACUCAUGGAGACUUAUCCUUACUUAUGAAUGCCCGGCCUUAGCUUGGCUUAGUUUCUAGCCAGCUUUUCUUAACUUUAAAGUAUCCCGUCUAUCUUUUGCCUCUGGGCUUUUCUUUCCCUAUUCCUGUAUGCUUUUCUUGUUUCUUACUCCGUGGCUUGCUGUGUAGCUGGGUGGCUAGCCCCUGGAGUCCUCUUCCUGCUCUGGCUCAUAGAUCUUAGAUCUCUCCUCCCUGUUUUCUCCCUCUGUAUAUACUCUGCCUGCCAGCCUCGCCUGUCCUUUCUCCUGCCUUAUAUUGGCCAUUCAGUUCUUUAUUAGACCAUCAGGUGUUUUACACAGGCACAUUAACACAGCUUCACAGAGUUAAACAAAUGCAACAUAAACAAAAGUAACAUGUUUUAAAAUUUUCUGCUACACUUGGCGGUCUCUAGUGGUCUGAGAUGGGUUUUUAGGUCUGUCUGGCUAUGAGAGGUUUGUGCAUUUAUCCCCACAAUUCUGGACUGAGGACCCAUGAGGAGCCGGAAGGUGGCCUAGCACUUUGUCACGGUCUUUGGGAAGAGGUGGUCUCUCAGCUGGCCAAGUACAGGUUUCUCAGAUGGUGACUGUAAACUGCACCAAAAAGGCAUCUUACACUUGGUACAUCUCUAUCCACACACAGUCUUAAUUUUAAAAAAGGUGUCUGACUAGGGGAGGGGCAUGAGUGUGCUAUAGCAUGAGCUUGCAGGUCAGCAGACAGGUUUGUUGAAGAAGCAGUGUGUUCUUGCCUUUCACUGAUAUGUGGGUUCUAGGGAUAGAGCGUGGGUUAUCUGGUUUGUGUAUUAAGUGCUUUACCCACUGAGCCAUCUUGCUAAUCCCAUAAACAUUGUGAUUCUGUUAUGUAGCCCUGGCUGUCCUGGAUUUCACUACGUAGACCAGGCUAGUCUUGAACUCACAGAGUUCCACCUAACUCUGCCUCCCAAGUGUUGGCCAUUUCCUUUUUGGAUCAAAAUAAUAAGCACCACCAAUAUCUUAGAAUAAGGUAUACAUUUCUAAGUGCUGGGAUUAAAGGUGUGUGUCAACAUGUAUGGUCCUCAAUUUUUUAAAAAUAUUACCUUUAUCAUGUGUGUGUGUGUGUGGGCACACACACAACACAUGCUAUGAUAUGCAUACUCAUUGGACAAUUUGAGAGACUCAAUUCUCUCCCACCAUGCUGGUUACAGGGCAUUGACAGGUCAUCAGGCUUGGUGACAGACUUAGCUGCUGAACCUGGCCUCAUUUUAAAAAACGUGCCGUUUGCUAACAUGAGAAGUUUGGAAAGCCUUCGACCACGAACUGUGCGAGGGGUGCAGAAGUCAGUGCUCAGUGUCACAGGAUGCUGUCUUCUGCAUCAGCGUCAGCAUCUGUACUUGAGUGAGGUGAAGGUCUGGCUAAGAACCAAGGUUUGCCUGGGCAGAGGGUAGUGGGCAGUGCUGCUGGGACAAGCUCUUGGCUCGUCCUUGUGAUUUGUGAAACAUUGGUGCUAUCCUGUGGCCCUGAGUCUUCACUGCACCUAGUUUCUUUUGUCCUUAGCAGAUUCAGACGUACUUCAUUUUUGGUGCUGGGGACAGAACCCAGAGCCUCACGCAUGAUAGGUACGUGCUGUGCUGAGCUUCAUCCCAGCCCUCGCCUUGCUUUCAUAUGGGUAAGAUCGCACACUUGGGCUCUUUACCCAAGCCUAACUUCCUGUUCUGUUGAAUCGCUUGGCUUUGUUCUAAUGGCUUCCUGCUUGCUCUAGGCACAAUCGCAAGGGAGCUGAACUCACUCACAGCGAGUGCACGUGUUCUAAAAUAAGAGCAGAUUCACUCAGCACAGGAAAAGUCCUGAGUCUCUAAUUAAGGGGCUAAAUCCAACCUCACAAAUGUUUGUGUGAGAACUGAUUGCUCCGGCUUGUGCGUCACUGCACGAGUGUGGAGAAGCGUGCAAGUUUUCAGUGGACGUGUGCAGACCCCAAAACAGCUGUGCAGCUUAAAAUACCAGGGCUCCAAAGAAAGACCCUCCUCCCCAGAGCAUUGACUUGAGGGCCGCCAAAGAGGAUGGGUGGCCGCCGCGGUGCUGGAGGCAAGUGGUUGUCAGCCUUCGGGCUGCUGCUGCUCUGGGGGACCGCAGCCACUGCGCUUCCCCUGCAGAGUGGUCCCCCUGGCCAGGACAGUGUGCUGAGGACAGUCCCUGCACAGGAAGCUGCAGAAGGGAAGAGGAACGGCCUCCUGACUUUCCUUGCCUGGUGGCAUGGUUGGACCUCCCAAGCCAGCUCCAGCGCCCUCCUCGGAGGGGAUGCCAGCGAGGUGUCUAAGUGGCAGGAAAGCCCACCUCUCCAACAGCCCCCACGCCGGGAUAAAAAGCCUUGUAAGAAUUUCUUCUGGAAAACCUUCUCCUCUUGCAAGUAACCCCCCCCCCCCCAAGCCACCCUGUGAAAUGCAACCAGUCUGAAUAAAGGAUGUCAGGCAACAUGGA